CCCCCCCCCGAGGAUCCUAGAAUAGCUGCGACAUCCUCAUCCUUCUCCCGCUAAAGCAGCCUGGGGGCUGGGGGAGGAGAAAACAGCGAGGAAAAGCCAUUGCGAGCAGACGGUGGGCAGUGGCUCCUGCUGCUGCUGCUGCUGCUGCUGCUGCCAUCUCGGUGAUGGGAGGAGCAGAAGGGUGGGAUUUUGUGCAAGGAAGAUCCCCCUCUCCUCGCCCAGCUGCCGCCAAUACCAAGUUGCUGCUCGGGACUUGAUGUUGUGGAAGGAAGAACAGACUCCCUGUGAGAAAAGGGGCUUGGUAAAAGGAAUUGAGGGCUGCUCCAGAACCGCCUCUUUUCAUCCCCAAUGUGUGCUGCUUGUCCCCAAAAUUGCGGGCUGCGCUUAUUGCUCUUGAAAGAUUCAGGAUGGAGAUUCAUGCUUUAUGGCUGGUGCAACAUCUUCUCUUUGCGCUGUGGGUUAACGGUCUACUGACAAUUGGAUUAGCAGGUAAGAGGGGUGCACAGCAAGGGGUUAUCUGCAAUGAAUCCCUCAUGUUACAAAACCUGCCUUUGUGUGGGAAAUCUUUUCAAGAGAUGAUGCACAAAGUGGACUCUUCAAAAUGGUGCAAUCUAACGGAAUUUAUCCUGUAUUACAACAACUUUACCCUAUGUACAGAAGACAAGGCUGCAACAGCAAAGUGCUUUUGGCCUAACCCCAUUGCUGAGGGCUUCAUCACUGGAAUCCAUAAACAAUUCUUUUCAAACUGUACUUCAAAAAAAGUGCAUUGGGAAGAUCCACCAGAUAAAAUUUUGAUUACCCUGAUUUUCAUUCCAGUUCUCUUGACAAUUGCCAUGAUUGGGCUAGUGGUAUGGUGCAGUAAGAGAAAUGAUAUUUUAGUGUAGCUAAACCUUCAUCACCAUUCUUUAUUAUUUUUAUUUUAGCUUUGUUUUUAGAAUGACUGAUGGCAAAAUAAUAAUAAUUUAUACAUAUUUACAGAGUUCUAAGCUGUGUCAAGCAAUAAAAGAAAUAUUUAUGCAGCCACACAUGCCUACAAUCUGCAGCCAUUACUGGUACUUCUCCAGCAGUACAGAAAUUGUUUUGACAAUGAACAAAAUGGCUGACAAUCAUAUUUCUGUAACAGAAGCCAUAUGGAAAGAACUGAAAAUAUAAUUUGAACCUGCUACUUAUAAUGGAACGUUGGGUCUUUGUUCAGUAUGUAAAAAAAUAAAUAAAUUGUAUUUACUACAGGGUUUGUUUUGGAAUUUAAAAGCAAAUACUGUAUUUAAGGCUUUGAAGCAUAAAUUUUUACAGCCCUCUGUGACCAAAGAACCGUUAACAUGAGUGUUGCUGAAGAACCUUAUUUCAUCACUCUUCUGUUUUCCAAAACACGUAAACGUGAAAAGGAGCAGCAAAUAAUAAUAAUAAUAAUAAUAAUAAUAAUAAUAAUAAUAAUAAUAAUAUCCCACCCAUCUGGCUGGGCUUCCCCAGCCACUCUGGGCGGCUUCCAGCAAAAUAUUUUAAAAUACAAUAAUUCAUCAAGUAUUAAAAGCUUUCCUAAACAGCGCUGCCUUCAGGUGUCUUCUAAAAGUCAGAUAGUUGUUUAUUUCCUUGACAUCUGGUGGGAGGGCAUUCCACAGGGUGGGUGCCACCACCGAGAAGGCCCUCUACCUGGUUCCCUGUAACUUCGCUUCUCACAGUGAGGGCACAACCAGAAGACCCUCGGAGCCGGACCUCAGUGUCUGGGUUGAACAAGGGGGGUGGAGAUGCUUUUUCGGGUAUAGUGGGCCGAGGCCGUUUAGGGCUUUAAAGGUCAGCACUUGGCCACUCCCAGUCCACAGUCUAGCUACUGCAUUCUGGAUUAGUUGUAGUUUUCAGGCCACCUUCAAAGGGAACCCCAUGUAGAGCGCAUUCAAGUCCAAGCGAGAGAUAACGAGAGCAUGCACCAUUCUGGCAAGACUGUCCACAGGUAGGGAGGGUCAGCCUGCUUGCCAGAUGGAGCUAGUAGACAGUCGCCCUGGACACAGAUUUGACCUGCACCUCCAUGGACAGCUGUGUGUCUAAAAUGGCUCCAUGGACAGCUGUGAGUCUAAAAUGACUCCCAGGCUGUGCGCCUGCUCCUUCAGGGGCACAGUUACCCCAUUCAGGAUCAGGGAGUCCCAUCCACCCACCCACCCCCUGUUGGGGGCUUCUGUACAGUACUUCUGCCUUAAAGGAUGGCAUCGGGAGCUGGAGUGUACAGAAUGAACUUUUGGAAAGAUGCAGGUUUCUUUUUUACAUAGCUGGAAGAAGAAUGAGAGAAACUUGGCUGACUAUGAAUUUGUUAAAAGUGGCUCCUCUCUUUUAAUUACCAUUUUUCUUGUUAAUUUUAGGACCGUUUCUACCUUUGUAGAACUUUGGGUCUUUUGUGCUUGUAAUAUGCUUUAAAUAGACAAUUCUAGGAAAAAUAAAUAAAAUACAGCCACUAUGUUAGUAGUAUAUGUGCCUUUCAGAAUUUGUAAACUGGGAUAUCCUUUAUGUGUCUUGCUUUUGGAAAGGAACUUUCCAGACAGAUUUGCACAUACAGGAUGGGAAGCAAACUUCCAUCAACAAACAUACUAUGUGGGAAACUGGAUGUCAAUAUGAAAUGACAAAUAUAUAUAUAACAACUUUUGAGUCUCAGAUUUGCCACAUUUUACGUGCCCUACAAGCUAAAUAUUCCAUUUUGAGAGUUAACAUUUUCCAGUCAUAAACAGUUUUGUUUUCAAUCCUCACACAAAUAAAGCUAGAACUGCUUACUA